GGGCGCGGGCGGGCGGUGGGGACGGCCGGCUUGAGGGGUGAUCUCCCGGCCAGGACCGGCUCCCAAGCCCUCGGAGCCUGGAAUGUGCUGACCACCGCCCUCAUCAGCAGACCUAGGUACAAACAGGAAAGCGUGAGAGAACCCUCCUCCAGCGGUCAGGAAAUGGGGGUCCCAUCGCGAGGACCCCAAACGCGGGGUGCCUUACACUCCAGCUCCCCCCCCAUUCACUUAUCUGACACAGACGGACACAAUCACCCCUUUCCUUGCCGGGGCCACUGCCCCCACGUGGUAGAUAAGAGUCCUCCACCUCUGGUCAAAGCUGGUGGGUGUGAAGGAUGGUGGUGGGGCUGGACCCCAAAGCUUAUGCCCAGAGAGGGCGGGGAGGGGGUGGACAGCCAGAAUGGCCUGACCGCUCUGGGAGUCUCUUGUUCACAUUUUCACAAGUAGGAUGUGAAGCUUCAUUUCUCCCUCCUCCCUCCAAUCAGGUUCUCCAGGCUCCUCUGCAUACAGGCCUUCCUGCCUGCCGCCCUCCCAGUCCUGGGGUUCUCAUUCCCCAGCCCUAUUCCAACUCUGAUCUGUCCAGCUGAGGCUCUGGGCUCUGUGGACCAGUUGGCCUAGCUCAAGACUCCGCCCACCCAGCCAGAAUCCCCACGCGCCUGAGUAGGAGGAGGAGGGCCCAUCCCCACCCCUCCCCCUCCUCCCCCUGCCUCCUCAGCCCCCCCAGGCCGUGCCUGAGCAGGCCUGUUUGGCAGGCUGGGACAUGUCUGGCCCCCGAGGACAGCCUGUGGGCUAUGGCUGCAGAGGCGGGGUGGCUGGAGCCCGAGGCAGCUGCUCCAGAAGAUGCUGCGGGAGAGGUCGUGGAUGCUGUGGAUGGCGAGCCCGGGGACCCCCAUCUCCUGCUUGGGAACCGGUUGAACCUGCACCUGUACCCCCGGGGCUGCCACCGGCUGUUACAUCUGUGUGCCCAGCGGGCCCCGCAGCUGCUGGAAGUGGAGUUCUUGCAAUUGAGCGGCCACGAGGACCCUCGGCUGUUGGAGGCCACCCUGGCCCAGGUGCCGGCCAGCCUGCAGCACCUUCGAUCCCUGGUCCUCAGAGGUGGACAACAGCAGGACGUGCUAGGGGCCUGCUCCCGGGGCUUCCUCACCACACUGCCCGCUGGCCUGAGUGACUUGGCCCGCUUGGCCCACCUAGAUCUGAGCUUCAAUAGCCUGGAGACACUGCCAGCCUGUGUCCCGCAGAUUCGUGGCCUGAGCACCCUCUUGCUGUCUUACAAUUGCCUCUCAGAGCUCCCGGAUUCCCUUGGAGCCCUUCCCUCCCUCUCCUUCCUCUCUGUGAGCCACAACUGCCUGCGAACGCUGCCCCCAGCGCUGGGAUCCCUGUCCGCCCUGCAGCGCCUUGAUCUCUCAGAGAACCUUCUAGACACCCUGCCCCCAGAGAUUGGAGACCUGAGCAGCCUCACCGAGCUCAAUCUGGCUUCCAACCAGCUGCAAGGCCUGCCGAUCUCCCUUGUGGGGCUGCGGUCCUUGCGGUUCCUUAUUUUGCACAGCAAUCUCCUGACCUCAGUGCCCUCUGGCCUGGCCCACCUCCCACUGCUUGCCCGACUGGAUCUGAGGGACAACCAGCUUCGGGACGUGCCUCCCGAGCUACUGGACGCCCCCUUUGUGCGCCUUCAGGGGAACCCCCUGGGCAAGGCUCUACCUGCCUCCCACAGUGCCCCAGAGACGCCUGUGACCCGCGAAAUGCCCAGACUGUUCCUGAACUCAGACUUGGACAGCUUCCUGGUGACUCCCCAAGGCUGCUUGGUGACCCUGGCCUGUGGGGUCCGCCUGAGGUUUCCUGCUGGGGCCACCACUGACCCUGUCAACAUCCACUAUCGACUCCGGCUGCCGGAGCCACGCCUUGUUCCCUUGGGUCCCCAUGACGCCCUACUCAGCGCUGUCCUGGAGUUGCGGCCCCACGGGGUGGCCUUCCAGCAGGAGGUGGGCCUGUGGCUACUCUUUGUGCCCCCCCGGGCCCGGCGCUGCCGUGAGGUGGUGGUCAGGACCCUGAGUGAUGACAGCUGGAGCGACUUGGAGACACACCUGGAGGAAGAGGCACCCAAGCGGCUCUGGGCUCACUGCCAGGUGCCCCACUUCUCGUGCUUCCUCGUGGUUUCACGUCCUGUAUCCAACACCUGUCUUGUGCCACCGGAGGGGACAUUGCUGUGCUCCUCUGGACAUCCUGGGGUCAAAGUCACAUUCCCCCCUGGUGCCACCGAUGAGCCUCGUCGCAUCCGCAUGCAGGUGGUGCACAUGGCUGGCAGAGAGCUUCGAGCCCUCCUUGAGGAGCCCGGGGCGGCGGCCAGCCCCCUGCUGUGCCUCUCCCAGCGUGGCACCUCCAGCUUCCUCCAGCCUGUCACCGUGCAGCUGCCUCUGCCCCCUGGUGUCACAGGACUGAGUCUGGAUCGCACUUGUCUUCACCUGCUGUACUGGGCGCCUCCUGCAUCGGCCUGGGAUGACAUCACAGCCCAGGUGGCGCUGGAGAUCACCCACCUGUAUGCUCGCUUCCGGGUCACACACUUCUCUUGGUACUGGCUCUGGCACACCACCAAGAGCUGUGUGCAGGGCCUGGCUCGGAAGGCCUGGGAGCGCCUGCGGCUGCACCAGGUCAACCUCAUCGCCCUGCAGCGGCGCCGGGACCCCGAGCAGGUCCUGCUCCAGUGUCUGCCCCGCCGCAAGGUGGACGCCACCCUGCAGCGGCUGCUGGACCGGUACCGAGGCCCCGAGCCCUCUGACACAGUGGAGAUGAUCGAGGGCGAAAAAUUCUUUGCUGCCUUCGAGAAGGGUAUUGACGUGGAUGCUGAUCGCCCAGACUGUGUGGAGGGCAGGAUCUGCUUUGUGUUUUACUCACACUUGAAGAACUUGAAGGAGGUGUAUGUGACCACCGCCCUGGAUCGGCGGGCACAGGCUGUGAGGGGCCAGGUGUCCUUCUACCGGGGAGCAGUGUCCGAGGAGGUGCCCGAGGAGGCAGCGGCUGCCCGACAGAGGAAGGGCGCAGACCCCCUGUGGAUGGCCACUCUGCCCAUCAAGCUGCCGAGACUGCGGGGGUCCCAGGGGCCAGAGCAGGGCCGGGGGGCUAGCCUCUCCCUGGCUCCUCUGAACCUGGGUGAUGCUGAGACUGGCUUCCUGACCCAGAGCAACCUGCUGAACGUGGCUGGGCGCCUGGGCACUGACUGGCCGGCCGUGGCCCUGCACCUGGGCAUGCCCUACCGAGAGCUGCAGCGCAUCCGACACGAGUUCCGGGACGACCUGGACGGUCAGAUCCGUUGUAUGCUCUUCUCCUGGGCUGAGCGCCAGGCAGGGCAGCCCGGGGCCGUGGGUCUCCUAGUACAGGCCUUGGAGCAGAGCGACCGGCUGGAUAUAGCUGAAGAAGUGAGGGCUAUCUUGGAGCUCGGCCGCCAAAAGUACAAGGACAGCAUCCAGCGUGCAAGCCUCGCCCCCAGGGACCUUGCCCCACCUGAGCCUUCAGCAUCACAGUCCCCAGAGUCUGCCCAGGCCUAGACCCCACUGACUUGGGGCUGGCCCCUGAGGUACCCUGGCCAACCGUCAGAUGCCCCCAUUUUCCCACCUGCCCCGUGUAUGGGGACAGUGACCUCCAGUGUGUAACAAAUGUGUACUGUUGUGGUGGCU